UCAAGGUCAAGAAAGAGAUAAAUGAGGUGACGUUCGACGUUGACAGGUUAAAAAAUUUCUAGGUGUUUCUGAAAGUUAAAUUAAAAAAUAAUAAUAAUUUAAAAGUCUAAAUUAAAAUUAUUUAAAUAACCGUGUAAAAUGUCUCAUCAAACAGGGAUUCGAGCUAAUGAUGAAUUAAAAAAAUUCUUUGCCAAGUGCAAGGAAGGUAUGGUCAGAUUGGUAAAAGUAUCUAUUAAGGAUGAGCAAUUAGUUCUAGAUGCAAGCAGUAGUGUUAAGCAUAAUUGGGAAAAAGACUUUGAUACUAACAUACAACCAUUAUUAGAAGAAAAUCAACCUUGUUACAUCAUAUAUAGGUUAGAUACUAAAGAUUCCUUAGGGCAUGAAUGGCUAUUGAUCAGUUGGUCACCAGAUACAGCACCAGUAAGGCAGAAAAUGCUGUAUGCCUCAACAAAAGCCACACUCAAACAGGAGUUUGGGACUGCACAGAUAAAAGAGGAAAUACAUGGAACCGUCAGUAGUGACAUCACCCUGAAUGGAUACAUAAGGCACAAAAAAUCUGUUGCUGCCCCUGCACCUUUAUCAAUGAGGGAAGAAGAAUUGCAGGAACUUAGAAAAACUGAAGUGCACACUGAGAUUAAUAUUGCUACAAAGCAACAGACUGCUGGGGGUGUAGCUUUUCCAAUAACUGAGACUGCAAAACAAGCUCUGAUUGAUAUGGCUAGUGGAUCGUAUGAUUACUUGCAAUUUAGAAUAGAUAUUGAAGAAGAAAUUAUUCAUCUAGUGUCUGCCGAAAAUAUAUCAUUAGCGAAAUUACCUUCCAAAGUUCCAAAAGACAGUGGACGGUAUCAUUUAUAUAAAUUUAAACAUACACAUGAAGGAGACUACACAGAAAGUAUGGUUUUUAUUUACUCAAUGCCAGGAUAUAAUUGCCCUAUUAAGGAAAGGAUGUUGUAUUCCAGUUGUAAAAACCCACUAACAGAUACCAUAUCAAAUCUAGGAAUUGAAAUUGCCAAAAAGGUGGAAAUAGAUUCUGGGGAUGAACUCACCGAAAAAUUCUUGUACGACGAACUCCAUCCAACAAACAGCCUACACAGACCUCAGUUCGCUAGGCCGAAAGGACCUCCAAACCGCGGCCCAAAGCGCAUGACCAGGAACAACAACGAAUGAUAUGAAUGAGCGCCCCAUUUUAAGUGUUUAUUUUACGUUUUGUUCCUUUACAAGUCACGCCGCGUCAAAUUUUUGCUCAAUGAUUUAUCAGGCAAGAGAAUUAAUAAAAAGGCUGUUUUCUAUGAUUUUUUGAUAGCGUUUGAGAGUAAGUUACUGCAUUUUAUUAUAUAAUUUAUUGAAAGUGAAUAUAAAAUUAGUUAUCAUGGAAUUUUUAGACUCUAUUUAAAUAAUAUGUAAAUCAAUUUAUUUCUCAUUGAUUGAUAACACAGAAAAUUGUAGUUUUAUAUCAAAGGGCCUAGCCGGGUAAGAUGAUGAAAAAUGCCCCCAACUUGAUUCGAAUUCUAUAUAAGUCACCAUUUAGCACAUAUGUAUAGAGAAACUCACUUUCUGAAAUUUUUAGCCCCCUAGGUGGUCACGUGACCCACCUAGAGCCUAAUUCGGCUGUUUAUGUCUUUAUUUUUUAUCUCAGCCGCAUCGAGAGCUAGCGAAAAACUUUAAUAAAAAAGUUGUAGGUUUCAAAAAGUUCUGUCAGAAGUUUUUUUUAAUUUUUGGAGGGAAAUUUAAAUUUUAGGACUUUAAAAUUUUAAAUGAAUAUAAAAAAAUAACUAAGACAUUCGUUCUCACAAAAAAAAUUUAUAACGUGUAUUUUUGCAUAAUGUAUCAUCCUGAAUUUUUUCAGGUUUUUAAAAUUGAUGAAAUGUACUUUUAAAAAUGAAAAACCACAUGUUUUCGCUUUUAAUACAAUUUUAACUACAGGGUGUUUAAAAAAAGGUAAUACCAUCACUAGGAUAGGUAAAAAACUGAAAAACAAUUGGGUUUUGCUUAAUAAAAUUUUUUUGAAAUGCCAUCGAUUUUCAAUAGACAGGGCGUUGAAGAAAACAAAAUUUUACACAUUUUUUACGAUUUUGCCGAAACUACUGGCAACAUUGUAAUAAAAUUUGACAGGUUUUAAGAGGUAGUUAUUGUGCAUUUUUUGACAUACAAUUAAGAAUUUUAUAUUCAUCAUUGGCGCGCAUACGGGUAAUGGUCUACACUUUUUAAAGAAAAAAAGGGAGUACGCCACUGGCAUAUUUCAAAUUAACAAUCAUUUUUGAAUUCUUUGUUCCAUUUGUGACAAAGAAAUCUAUCUUACCUUUUUUUCAUACGACGCGCCGUUUUCAUGCAAAAAAUAAAAUAUUUUAAUACUUUAAUACUGUUUUAAUACAAAGUAUUGAAAUUAAGUUUUUAUAUGUAUGUAGGUACGAGUUACAAGUAUAAUGUAGGUAGAUAUGUAUAGAAACAACAUAGUAGUUCGAAUACUUUGUAAGGGUUAAGAUGUUUUAUUUCUUGCAUAAAAAUGGCGCGUUGUAUGAAAAAAUGGAAAUAUAUAUUUUUGUCACAAAUGGAACGAGGAAUUAAAAAAUGAUUGUUAAUUUGAAAUAUGUCAGUGGCCUACUAUCUUUUUUUUUUCUUUAAAAAGCUAAGACCAUUACCCGUAUGCGCGCCAAUGAUGAAUAUAAAAUUCUUAAUUGUAUGUCAAAAAAUUCACAAGAACUAUCUCUUAAAAUCUGCCAAAUUUUAUUGCAAUGUUGCCAGUAGUUUCGGCAAAAUCGUUAAAAAUGUGUAAAAUUUUGUUUUCUUCAACGCCCUGUAUCUUGAUAAAGGAUGGCAUUACAAAAAAUUUUUAUUAAACAAACAACAUUUUUUUCAAUUUUUUUUUUCCUAUCCUAGUGACUGUGUUACCUUUUUUUAAACACCAUGUAUAAAAUUGUAUCAAAAAGCGAAAAAAAAACAAAAAAAUGGGGUUUUUUAUUUUUAAAAGUACGUUUCACCAAUUUUAAAAAUCUGAAAAAAUUCAGGGUGAAACUUUAUGCAAAAAUACACGUUAUAAAUUUUUUUCGUGAAAACGAAGGUCUUAGUUAUUUUUUUAUACUCAUUUAAAAUUUUAAGAACGUCCUAAAAUUUAAAUUUUCCGCCAAAAAUUAAGAAAAAAAUUUUUUCGGACAGAACUUUUUGAAACUUACAACUUUUUUAUUUAAAGUUUUUCGCUAGUUCUCGAUGCAGCUGAGAUAAAAAAUAAAACCAUAAAAAGCCUAAUUAGGCCCUAGGUGGGUCACGUGACCACCUAGGGGCUAAAAAUUUCAGAGUUUCAGUGAGUUUCAGAGUUUCAGGGCAAAGUGAGUUUCUCUAUAUGUGCUAAACGGUGACCUUUAUGGAAUUCGAAUCAAGUUGGGGGCAUUUUUCAUCAUCUUACCCGGCUAGGCCCUUUCUUAGUCUCGUUUAAAAUUCUUGUAAAUUUGAGGGUAGUUUAAUAUUAAAUUAGACUAUGUUUUAUUUAUUUUUCAAUAUAGCCUCAUUUUUCGUUCCAUACACUCGAUGACAUGCUUUUUUAAUUUACUUAUCCCUUUUCAAAUACUAGGUUUUGCUUGAGGUCCCCAAAAUUUUGUGAAAUUUCGGUUAUGAUGUCAUCAUUAGCCUCAAAACUGGUUCUUCGGGAAAACCACUGAUCAAGAAAACUACUUUUUCUUGAGACUUUGUUUUACUUUGUUCUUCUUUUCGGGCGUGUGUAAACCUGGUCUACAUCUAUUUUUUGUACCAUGCUCUUUUAUAUAAUGUUACACAAUCUAGAUAUAUACGGAGAAUGAAAUACAGAGUUGAUUUCAUGAUAUCAGGCUUCACACAACGUCAAAAAACCACACACCAUGGCAGUGGCAGUUUCUCCAUAAGUGCACAUGUGCACGUGAACCCCCAAAAUUAUUUUCACACAAACAUUCAUAUUUGUAAAAUUUAUCAUUCCAUAAAUAACAUUUUAAUCUAACUAUACAGUAAUAAUUGAAAUUCGAAAUAACAGAUCUAAGGAGUUUUUAAUUAUUUUUAUUCUAUUUCAAAGGAGAAACUUCACGGAUGCGAGGCCUUAGACAGAACCCCUCAUUCACCGCUCUUACGGUGGUUCAUAUCCCAAUGACUUUUCAUAAGGCAAAAUACAAGUCACCACCCGCCCCGCUACCCGCUAUAGCCCACAAGUUUAGAUGGCCACAAGAGCACAAGUUGGAUGUGAUCUUAUGGUGUGCACGGCACACGUACCUUUAAAUUUUGCUUUCGUGAAGUUCGAAUUUCGGAACAAUAUUAAGAAUAGAAGGAGUUGUGGAUGUAAAUGUUAGCGUGGAAUAUUUAAAAUCAAUUAAAUUUUCUUCAUUAUAUUUAGAAGAAAAAUUAAAAAUGCCGGAACCAAAUUUGUUAAUUAAAAAUGUACCAAAGUGCAAAGGUCGGGAUUAGAAAUGAUUAUUUAAAAUGGAGAUUUGUGUAAAAACUUACAAAUUGUGUAGGUGUGAAGCACAUAUUUGGAGAAGAGGAAGCAUAAUGAAUAAAAUAGAAGAUACGAUUUUAACUAUCCGGCGCAGUCCACUUAACAAAAUUUUUGAUUAAAAAUAAUUUACAAGAUGAUUUUUCUGAAAUAAUUUGAAUUUUUCAAUUACUUGUUACGAUGCCAGUAACAACUGCAGAAACAGAACGAUUUCUCUCUGCAUUGAAACGUAUCAAAACUUUCCUUAGAAUAGCUAUGGGCCAGGAUCGAUUAACUGCACUUGCAAUGUUUUCAAUUAAAAAAAAAUGAUUCAAGAAAUUCCAAAUUUUACUGAAUUUGGUUGUGAAUAAUUUAUCUAAAAAAAGGCGACUGACUUUCGUUUCAAAACUUGCUUGUAACAUUUAAACACUAAAUUAUAAUUUUAAUUCAAUAAAAUACAUUAAUUUAUUGUAAUUUUUAAUAAGGUCCUUUGAUUUUUACAAUUUGACGACACUCAAAAAAUUUUACCUACGGAAACAGGGUCUCUUUAUAUCUUAAUAUUAUCUGUGUGCACCCCCAUAUUUUACACCAGGCGCCGCCACUGCACCAUGGACAUAAGGCGAAAAAGGCUUUUACCAAUAUAUACCCUCUAAUCCAUUAAGAAAAUUUAAUCAAGAAAAAAAGCUAAAACUUAUUCUUUGCGUUGAUGAAUUUAGAUAAAUUUUCUUGUUAUGACUUUUUUGGUGUUAUUAAUCAAUAGAAUACACUCACACUGACUGAUUUUAAUUAAUUUUAAUGUUGCCAAUACUUUUAUUAUAUUACACAAAAAUAAAGUAUGUAUACCAAAAACAUUUCUUACUCAAUAUAUGGCCAAAAAAUGGAAUCAAUAUUCUUGGUUUGGGGAAUAAUAGAUGGCUGUAUGAUUUAGCUCUUAAUUGUUCGUUGUUAAAACGCCAAUGGGGAUGUUAAAUAAGCCAAGUGACUACAGCAUAGCCAGGGACGAACACUUUUAGGCCUGGAUCCCGCGUACCAAAAAAAAAGAAUGGGUGUGUACUUUGUACGCACGUAAGAAGUUAUACUUCUAUUAUAUUAUUAUUAACGAAAUUAAUAUACUUUAAACAGUUUAUUUAUAUUUUAUUUAAAUACUAAACUAAUUUUAAUACUUACUACUUUUCAAAAUUUUCUAUUAAAACAGUACCAAAAAUUAAAAAAAUAAAAGAAUAAAACACACACAAACACAUCGAAAAAUGUCACAAAUGAUUUCUGAACAAUAAUUGUCGGAAAAUUUUUUAACUAAAUACGUAUUUUCUGAAAAAAAAAAUUAUAUAAUAAAUAUAGUUACAAUCAUAACAUGUAUAAAAAAAAUUAAAGUUUCUAUUGGAGUUCGAACCCGCUUAUGUUCGCGCAGUUAGUAUUGAAAUUCAUUCAUUUUACACUUCUACCCACGGACACACAUGCAUCAUGUGGGAAGGUCGACCAACUAAACGGUUUAAACUUUUGACAGUUGUGAAUUUAACCAAAUUAUUUUGAUUUUUGUAGAAUUGACAUAUGUAUUAAAAUACGACAAAACAAAGAGUAAGAAAACAAUAUAUUAGGUGAAUAUUGAUAGAAAUUUUGAUGGUAGAUAAUCAAAUUAUGUAAAUCAAAGCAUUACAUACUAUUUUGGUAGGUUCAUUUUAAAUUUUCCAAAUAGCCUAUGUAAUUUUUUAUUAGGAUACUGAAAUAUUUACAAUUAUUACGUACCUGUCGCUUUUAAAAACUAUUUAAAAAUUCACUUCAAUUAUAAACUUGUUUUUUUCUCUGCCAUCACAACAAUAAAAACUAAUAAACGCAACUUUUGUUUAUCCAUAAUCUCCAAUUAUUUACAGAUUAUGAACAAUUAUUGACAGAUGAUUUUAACACCCAAUCAGAUCCCGUAUAACGUUUGAGCGACUAAAACCAUACUGUCGGUGUGCGCAUGCGCCCGGCAAAAUAAAAAUUCACCCUCGUGCCUAAACAAGUAUAACUUCAAAAAGUUGAUUAAUAGCAAGCUGAAAAUUUGUUAAUACCUUAAAGGUGUCUAGUCGGACAAACUUUGAUGUACAGGAACACUGGAACAGGGGAAGUUUUAAUUGUGGAACAGUUUAAAAAUUUGGAACGUCAGAUUACGAAAUCGCUCGAGAUGUAUUUUGUCGAACAGAACUUUCAAUUGAUUUGCUACCGUUUCAUUAAACUCUCAAUAUUUAUAAUUGCUGUCAUUUGACAUGUUCUUCGUGUUGGACUCAUUAAAAGCCCAAUUGGUGAUAAACACCAGUCUGACUUUUGCAUAAGAGAUUAAUGAAAUGGUAACAAAUCAAUUGGAAGUUCUGUCCGACAAAAUACAUAGAAUGUUUUCGUAGUCUGACGUUCCAAAUUUUAACCUGUUCCACAAUUAAAACUUUCCCUGUUCCAGUGUUCCCAUACAUCAAAGUUUGUCCGACUAGACACCGUUAAGCUAUUAACAAAUUUUCAGCUUGCUAUUAAUCAACUUUUUUUGGUACGCGGGAUCCAGGCCUAGGAAAAAAACAUCAAUAUUGGUAAAUGAUUUUAUAAUGUUGUGUUAAUAUUUUGCAGGUUAGAGUGAAAAGUUAUUAAAAUCAGACCUCCAGAUGAUAUUUACAUCACAAACGUACAAAAUGUAUAUGAUGAUGAAGUACUGAUUGUUUCAAUUUUUUGGUCGAUAUUUGUCGUUGAUAUACAAUUGUUUACAUACACAAAUUGUAAAAGAGCGUUAUUAUAUUUAAAUUUGCUUUUUAAUGAUUUUCUUCAAAAUUAUUAAACAACUUGUAUAUAUGCCAGAUUUAUUUAAUAUAUGACAGUAUUUUAGUUGCUAGAAAUUAUUUUACUUAUCCUGUGUGUCAAACAUGUCUCUAGUCAUGGCAUUGUCAAAAACAUUUGCAAGUGUUAAAAGGAGCUAUAUAAUUAGGCUCCAAAAUAUAAUACGCCGGUUUUUUUAUUGUUUAUUGAUCUAACGCAAACAAUAUACAGUUCUGCUGCCAUCUAGUAGAAAACUCUGAAAGCUUUUGAGCUAACGAGGACAAAAUGAAAAGUUUGGCUUCAACAUUUUGUUAUUGGCUCAAAAAUGUAUUAUCACAAGUGAAUAUAUUGUUAACCUGGUUAGCUAUUGUUCGUUAAUUGUUACAUGUUUAGAUUGGGUAAUAAUGUUUAACUAUUUAUAAUCUUUUUUGACAAAACAUGUUAGAAGACUAUGUUUACUGAAAAUAUUUAAUGCUUUAUUUAAAUUAUUGGUUAUAUUUUUAUAUGGUGCUAGAUGAGAAAUAAAAAAGCUUUUAUAUA